AUCUCCGCCACCUCCGUGAGUCUAGGCUAGUUCCAUUUUGGAGGGCAGGUGAAAUUGUUGAAUGUCCGUUCGCAGCCAUCAGACCUUAUCAGUCCGCCCGCCCACCAUAACUCGGUCCCUCCUCCUCAUUCAACCGUGGUUCAAUCAACUUCCUUUCCUUACAACAAUAGCUUUUUUUUCUCUUCUCUCCAUGUUCACAAUAGUUUUGUAAUUUGUGGAGACAAAGAAUAUAGAAGAAUAGCAUACUACAUACACUCUACCCUCAUGCCGUUGACCAUCCUCUCUCAGGCACAGCUCCGCUCCCUGCUGUUGUCGCUGACCCGCGAUGAGAUUAUAUCGCUGCAACAAAACCUAGCGCAGGCGUUGCGAGAAUACUCGACGGGAAACCAGGAACAGGGCUGCUCCGCUACCUAUCAACCCCUGAGAACUGCAAUCACCCGCAAGAAUGGCUCCACAACGCUGUUUAUGCCCGCCAGUACCGGCCGCACUAUCGGCAUGAAAAUGAUCUCGCUCCAGGAUGGGGACACCGCGGGGUGUGCCGUAGAAACCGGGUUGGAUAUACCCGAGGGUGAGAAGACAUCGUCACGGAGUCGGCACAGGUCGAGGACCUCCAUGAGCUCGCUGUCAUCCGACAUGAGUGACUUAACCGUCUCAUCGCAGGACGACGAAAGCUCGUCGGUCAGCUCCAGCAGCAAGUCGUUGCCGCCGGGAUGUGUGAACAAACAGCCGGUCAACCCUGGGUUGUCCAACACCAUGGGAGCAUGGCCCUCAGCUGGUUCCCGAGACACCUCCCCGCAGGGCAGCGUGACAUUGCUUGACGAGCACAGCAUGCCAUUUGGGUUGAUCAAUGCGCACGAGCUCACCCCAUUCCGCACUGCACUAACAUCUACCAUGAUCUUCAACAGGCGCAAGCGAGUGCGCACAGUGGUAGUCUUUGGGGCAGGCAAGCAGGCUUACUGGCACAUACGACUGGCACUAACACUGCGGGGAUCGGAAAUCAAACGGGUCUUCAUCAUCAAUAGAUCUUUCGAUCGGGCAGCGGAACUUCUGCAAGACAUCUAUUCACCAGAGAACUCUAGUUGGCGGGGCGACGUGAAGUUUUCGGCUGUCAGCAGCGACUUCGUCGAGUUCUCCCGCAUCUUGCAGGACGCCCUGAACAAAGCCGAUGCGAUCUUCUGCUGCACUCCAUCCAUUCAACCACUCUUUCCUGGGGAGAUACUCACGUCACACGAAGCCCGCCGGAAAGGUCGACUGAUCAGCGCCAUUGGUUCGUAUAAGCCACACAUGACGGAGUUGCCCCCAGAAAUCAUACGGGACGAAGUCAAGGCACACGGUUCACAUCGGCAUUUCCACAAACACGUCAAGCGUAGCGGGGUUGUGGUUGUGGACAGUCUUGAGGCGGCUCUGAAGGAGGCCGGAGAGCUGAUUCAAGCCGAGAUCAAGCCGAAUCAGGUUGUCGAGCUGGGCGAGCUGUUGAUGGUGCGCUGUGCUGCCCAAGAUAUGGACCAAGAGACCGACGAUGGGAAGAGCUUACGCGAGUGGGCUGAGCGAGGCAAUGUGAUUUUCAAAAGCGUGGGGUUGGGAUUGAUGGACUUAGUCACCGGCGGUGAUCUCAUUCAGCUGGCGCGGCAGCGGAAUAUUGGGACUCUGGUGGAAGAAUUCUGAUUUCUUUCUUUCUUU